AUGUCCACCGUGACACCCCCGGCGUCGAGCUUCACCAUCGACACCCCGACAAUCCUUUGCAUCCUUUUCGCCCUCUCCUUCAUGCCUAUCGCCUACGUCCUUGGAAACAAUCUGAUCCCCUCCUCCCAAACGCGCAACCGCAUCCUCUUCUACUGGCACGCCUACGAUGCCCUAACUCACCUCUUCAUCGAGGGCUCUUUCCUUUACGAAUGCUUCACCAGCUACGCGACUUUGCCCGCUGGGUUCGCUGCGCCAGAACCGGCAUUCCUCGGUAUCAAGGAUAGAGUCUACGGAGCUGCACAUGGAUCAGCACCAUCCGCGAGGCUCUGGCAGGAAUAUGCGAAGGCCGAUAAGCGCUGGGCGACGGCAGACGCUACUGUAAUUUCCUUGGAACUCCUGACAGUCUUCCUGGGCGGUCCUGCAGCGAUCUAUGUCUGUUAUCUAGUGUGGCAGUCGAGUUGCACACAGCCGGCCCCAAAGCCGACCUCGUCUAAAUCCUCUUCACCAAAAUCGACGUCCAAAUCGUCUGCCGCGAAGCUGGAAAGCCAGGGCGCUUCCAAAGCAAAAUUAUGGCUUGUGGCCACGGCUCUCGCCACGGCGGAGCUCUACGGCGGGUUCAUGACUUUUGUGCCGGAGUGGUUAACCGGCUCGACGCAGUUGGAUACGAGCAAUGCAGUUUAUUUGUGGUUUUACCUCUUCUUUUUCAAUACGCUCUGGGUUUGGAUUCCGCUUUGGGUGCUUUGGGAGGCGGCUAAAGAGGUUAAACGGGCGUUUGUGCUUGCUGAGGGGGUGGAAGGAAAGAAGGUCAAAUAAUAUGGUUUUCGGGUCGUAUAUUGAAUUUUGUGGGAAUGGUCUGUUGAUAUCUA